AUGAACCAAUUGAGUGAUAGUGAUGCUUUGUACAAUCAGCCGAUAGUAAUCGACAAUGGUUCGGGCAUUAUUAAGGCAGGGUUCAGCGGUGAGGAAAAACCUAAAGCUUUGGAAUACUCUCUCGUGGGACAUGCGAAAUAUGAUAAAGUUAUGCUUGAGGGCCUUCAAGGAGAUACAUUUGUUGGAAAUAAGGCGCAAAGACUGCGCGGUUUGCUCAGACUACAAUACCCCAUUGAGCAUGGUGUGGUCGAAGAUUGGGAUUCGAUGGAACUUAUAUGGUCACAUAUUCUAAACGACGUAUUGCAAUUGCAAAAUAUAGAAGAGCAUCCUUUGUUGAUUACGGAAGCACCCAUGAACCCUUUGAAAAAUAGAGAAGUUAUGGCUCAAGUGUUGUUCGAAACGUUUAAUCUUCCUGCUUUAUAUGUUUCGAACCCUGCUGUUUUAUCGUUAUAUGCCAGCGGAAGAACUACAGGCUGUGUGGUUGAUUGUGGUGAAGGAUAUUGUAGUACGGUUCCGAUUUAUGACGGUUUCGCAUUACCUGCAUCUAUGAUGAGGAUGGAUAUCGGCGGGAGAGAUAUCACUAAACAAUUGCAAUUUCAAUUGCGAAAAUCAGCUGGCGUUUCUUUAUUUUCUAGUAGUGAACGUGAGAUUGUUCGUACGAUCAAAGAAAAAGUUUGCUAUAUGGCAACAGACAUUAAGAAGGAAGAAAACACAUAUUUGCAAGAAUCUCAGGAUUCGACAUCUGUAUUCAAGCUACCUGACGGGAAAUGUAUAGAAAUCGGGAAUGAUCGAUAUCGUGCUCCAGAAAUAUUGUUCUCUCCUCAAAUCGUCGGCUCGGAAUAUGACGGAUUAUCGGAUAUGUGCAUGCAAUCGAUUUGGAAAGUCGACUUGAACUUGAGGUCAACUUUGCUUUCAUCGAUAAUUCUUAGUGGCGGAACCACAACUCUUCGAGGGUUCGGAGAUCGGAUGUUACACGAUUUAGAAGCUUUUACUAAAGGAGCAUCUAAGAUAAAAAUAAUAGCACCUCCAGAAAGAAAAUACACUACGUGGGUAGGAGGUUCUAUUUUAACAGGGUUAUCCACCUUUCAAAGGCUUUGGACCAAGAAAUCUGAUUGGCUGGAGGAUAAUACCAGUGUAUAUUCCAAUCUAAUGUAG